ACAGAAAAAAUAUUCUAUAGGCUGUCAGCUAAUAUUAGGAAAGAUUAUAUUUAUUUAAAGACAGCAGCACAAACACUUUCUAAAUACUUACAGAUUCCAGCUGAUUUCUUGGCUCUCUGUGAACAUCCAGUUCUUCUUUGUUGAACACCUUUGUACCUGUACAAUUCCUCUUCAUUGCACAUAAACCCAUUCGUGGACUAAAUUGUAUUGAUUUAUUUGCAUGUGUGCAUUACUUGGAUUGCUACAAACAACUGAUGCAAAUUUCAUGUCAAUAGAAAUAUUAGCGAUUGCGCUACUCAAACUCUAAAGUGUGGAAAAAAGAAACUGACAAUCAAAAUCUUAAAUUUCAGAUAGAAAUUAAAGUUGAGUUUCAUCAUCAACAAGGUCUUGAGCAAGGCCAAAACAUUUUUGUUUACAGACAUAUUUCAUUAAGAAUAUGAAAAAUAUAAUUACUAACAUAAACAUUGACCUGAUCAAUACUUAUUGUACCUGCUACCAAUUGUUAAUCAGUUACUUAACUCAUGCAAAACAACAUUUUCUGCAUCAUCGUUCAUAUUUUGAGAAAACUGACUCUCAAAAUUCUUUUUUAUUUUAAUAGCAAUUUAAGUUUGGAAGAUACUUUUUGAGAUGUUACAAAAACAUGGCCAAUAUUUUAGGUUUAAUUCCAUUACGCCUUAUUUAUCUUUCCCUUGUCACAAAAUCCAGAUUGAUUUUCUACAAAUACUCAUAAAGAUCUUCUGUAAAGUACUGAGUUUCUGUCGCUGCGGUCUAUUUAAAGCAUGGGAAAUUUAAGCCGAAACGUUCCAGACAUAAUUGAGGAAAAACCCUCAAAGCUGUUGACAAUGGCAACACCAAACGAGGAAAUAUGAGAAGAGACAAACAAAGGAAAUUUACAACUAUGUACAAGCAAAUUAAUUACAUAUCAAGACUAAUCAAGAAAUAAAUAUAAAAGCUAUCACUGAUAGCAUUCCAAAGAUAAAAGGAAUAAAUAUAAUUUCAGGAUGAAUUAAAACAUUUUAUGUUGUUUUGUGUGUGUGCGUGUUUGUGUUUGUGUGUGUGUAUAUGUGAGGGUGGAAAGGUGUUUGCAUGUUUUAAACCAGUUUUUCUCCUCAGCUGAUGCUGGUCCAGUUAAGCUGGUUUUGUCCCAGGAAACUGAAGUUGGCGUUUCACUUCUGCUCUUCUAAAAAACAUUAGAAACACAGCUACUCUGAAUCCCUGAUAGGUAAUUUACGGCCUUUUCUUUUUGGUUAUUCGGCACAAAUAUGAUGUGCAUCAUAAUAAAUAAAACGUUUGGUAAAAUGUGAGACCAUUUUACCAAAGCAAGGCCAAUUCUCUUAAUUGGCCCUCAAUCUCAAUCUCUCUUAAUUUAAUCCUGCAUUUUGUUUCGUUCAUUUAUAGUUAAAUGAAAAUUGGUUUCACCUAAACAAUCAAGAGAGACGAUGGGAGUGGGGAUGGAUUAUGCCACUUCUUUCUGUCACCCUCCUCCUCCUUCUUUCCCCAGUAGAAUAGGUGUGGCACAUGUACGCCUGACCAGUAGCACAGCGACAGACGGUCAGGUGACAGGAAAGAAAGCGCUCGCUCACAUAGAGGGACAUGUUGAGAAGGGGAGGGACAGUAACAGAUGGAAAUAUCCUGUAAACAAAUGAAGUACAGCUGAACUAAGACACACCUGGAACUUCACAAAAGGAUAGCAGAGGAACCGAAACUGUCAGCAGUCUACGUUGAACACUCCAGAUAAGUUCAUGGUUAGAGGGGAAGGCAUGUGAAAAAGGCAGCACAUGUUGAGGACUGACAAAGAUAGCAGAGAAGAGCGAGAGAGAGCGACACUGAAGGCAAAACAAGCACUGCAGGGAUCAAGAGAGGCUCUUCUUAAAGGUCUGAGAGGAUUUUUCCAGCAGCUUCAAAGAUCUUCCCAUCAUGGCCUCAAUGGGGAUGCAGCUGCUGGGCAGCAUCCUGUGCCUCCUGGGCUGGGUUGGGGUCUUCACCAGCUGUGUGCUGCCUAUGUGGAAUGUGACCGCCUUCGUGGGCAGCUCCAUUGUGACCUCUCAGAUUAUCUGGGAGGGCAUCUGGAUGACUUGUGUGGUUCAAAGCACAGGAUAUAUGCAGUGCAAACCCUAUGAGUCCCAGCUGGCUCUCAGCACCGACAAGCAGGCCGCCAGGACGCUCAUGAUCCUCGCCAUCGCUACAGGCAUGAUUGGCCUCAUCCUGGCCUUCGUGGGUGGAAAAUGCACCCGCUUCUUGGAUGAAGAAGGAAGUGGUGCGAAGGAGAAAGUGGCCAUAACAGCAGGGGCGGUGCUGAUGAUCACAGGGCUCCUCUGUUUGAUCCCAACGGUGUGGGCGGCCGCGACGGUGGUGAAGAACUUCUACAGCACAUCCAUAGACGCUCUGAAGAUGGAGCUGGGAGCUUGCCUCUACAUUGGCUGGGGGGCAGCGUUUCUGCUCAUCCUGGGAGGGGGUCUGUUCAUGAAGUCCUCUUGCCAAGGCAAAGCCCACGACACGGACAAGAGCCCCUCAGCUCGCUACGUGGUAGUCCGAUCCUCUAAUGGAUCCUCUCGCGCUGGCUCCCGUCUCUCCAGGGUGCCGACGGCGCUGGCUCAACCCAUCAAACGCAUGUCGCCCAGGCCCCAAAGCUCUGGGGCGCCACCCUCCUAUCCUCAGCUGUUCUCUAGGCUGGGAUAUGAUGUCGAAUCCCAGCAGAACGUGAGAGAGGAUUCAGAGAGAUCCUGGGCUCCAUCGACAAAGUCUCAGAUGAAAAGGUCCGAGUCGAGAAAGUCCGAACACAGCGACGCGCCAUCAACAAAGUCUCAGUUGAAACGAGCUGAAAUGGAUGAAACUUUAUCAGCUGCCAGUGAAAAUGAAGACGCAGCAGCAAACCCAGAGAAAACAUACCUGUAAUAUGAGCACUAGAAGGAAGACUUCAGUUUACAUUUAGUUUGCAGUUACUUAGUAGUUCAAUGUUUUAUAGAUGAUAAUGUUUCAUUUUGAUAUAAUUAUUAUUUGUUGUGUUUAAUGUGAAGGACGUUUAUCAAAAUGAAGGAGACAAAAAUAAAAUGUAACAUUUUAUGUGCGCAUGUACUGAUUGUCACAAGUAAAACAAGUGAAGUAUGUACAACUUGUGAUGAAUGAACUUGUUUAACUUGAAUUGUUGGUUUUAACUUGCCAUGGUAAUGUGAGAUAUUACACUGCAUCAACUGUUUUUUAGUGUUUUAAUGCACUGAAUAAAUUUUUAUGUAAUAUUUUACCUCAGGUUUUGGGGUUAUAUUUUUACUUUAUCUUUCAAAUACAUAGCAACUUGAAUGACUAUGAUUCUUUUUACUUCUUUUUUAUUACUUUAUACACUUAAAUGUGUGGAAAUAAAUGCUCUUCCUAUUACACAACAAAGGUUUCUGUAAAUACUUUUCAUCAAAGCAUUUAAUUGUGAUUAUAUUUUUAUUUUAUUUAAGCAUAUAACAGAAAAUGUAUUGCCAAUUUAUUUUUCAAUAAAUGCAAAAUGUGAACGAA